AAAAAUAUUUAAUUAAAAAAAAUUGAGUCAAUUCCCUAGAGUUGCCAGUGGUGUUAACAUCGGCGGACAAACAUAUACUUUCUGGGUUGUUGAUAAUCGGCACUCCUGAAGCUGCUAUUUAUCCUCUGAACUGCAAAAUUGAAUCAUCAUUUCUGGGUUUAUUAAAUUACCCAAAUUUGUUCUACCUUCUGUUUAUUAAUUUCAAUGGAAGAGGUGGCACACACUAAAAUGGCAGCUUCUGCAAUGGAUUUCGUGACUUGGGAAGACAUUGAUCUUGCUGAAAGCUAUCUUGUUAGUGGUAUGUUUGAGGAGGCAGCAGCAUUGGCCUCUUCAAUUUUGACCCGUUUAUAUGACAAUCGACACUUGUACAUUGAGGAUGAGAUCUUAUUGCAUGAGAUGAUGGAAUCAUCUGCGAUGGUGCUGGUUCAGUCUUGGAGAGAAACUGGAAGGUCAUCAGAUUUAUUGAAUGAGCUUGAGGGUUAUUUUGGAUCAGUAGCUGAAAUCCCUGUUCAAGUUGUUCUUACCGGCGCAUGUAUGCAGGUUUCAGGUGGGCACCCCUCGAAAGUUCGUGAUUUCCUGGAGGAUUUUCUUGCAAAAUGGCAGUUUAACAACGAGAAUCAUUAUGUUUUUGCCAAUUCGGAUGUGCGGAAAACUGAUGUUGUAUCUGCUAGGCAUUUCACAUUGGAAGUAGACCAAUAUCUCAAAGUUGUUGAAUUUUAUGCAUUGACACUUCUGGGAGAAACCCUAAAUGAUAUUGACCGUGCUGUCUCAUGGGUUGAGAAAGCUCAGUUACCAGAGCAAGCACGUCAGGAUCUCUUGAGAAGACUCCUCUCUCUGUAUCCUCUCAAAUCAUCUAGCUCAACACCCGGUGCUGUUUCUGUAUCAACGGUCGAGGAACCUGAAUCCCAUGCUUUAUCUUCAAAAGAAGUUAAGCAAUCGGACAAGACCGUGACAGUCAUGAGCAACCAAUGUCACAGUGAAAUUGUUAAUACAAAAAAAUCAUUUUGGAUAUCGUUGCAGAGCAUGACUAAAAAGUCUUGCAGUUCUGUUAUUGCAUCUAAAGGGAAGAUCUUCUUGGGUUGUUUGAUCUUUGUGAUCUGCUAUUACAUUCGGAAGAAACGAGAAACCAUAAAGAGGGUUGUUCAAAGACGAGUGUUAAUGCUGAAACAGACAUUGGUGGACUUUUGGAAGCUUGCAUUUUCAUACCAAGUGAACCCUUUGGCUGCUGUUCAGCCACUUCCUGCCUCAGCAAACAGGGGCAGGUGAUUCUAAUGGACUGCCAUUGAUGCAUUGAUCUUCUUUUCACCACAAAGGAAAUGUCUUAGCAAGCCUUUUAGGCAUGGUUGAACUUUCUGUAAAUUUUAGAAUGGUAAAUGUGCAAUAAAAACCCUUUGUCUGUAGGAUUGUAUUAGCAAAACUGAUUUUUCUUGUGCAGUACCUGCAAGUUUAAUCAGAUCAUAUUGGAUUGUGUAAA